CAAAACAAGCGGCACCUUCCGAAAACAACGAAAAGAAUGUAAAAUCAUAUGAUGUUUGUCAAAUUUGACUAAGUAUCCCCCCCCUCCGCAUUCCUACAUUUGACUUUGAAAGUAACCUUUGCUUCCUGUUUGAAACAAUGGGCGUGGAUAGCCGCAGCAGCAGCAGCAAUGAGCAAAUCACAAGAAAGAAGACCAAAUGAAGCGGACAGAGUUACAUGUUUUGUUUAUGUUUUCACGGACAAUUACUAUGACAAGUCAGUGCCACUCCAUGUUUUCCAUGAUACCCUGUCGUUUGGUGAUAAUAUCUGCGUUCCUGCUGACCAGAGAAGCUGCUGACGCUCUCCGGGUGAUUGGUGGAAGUGUGACAGUGGAACAAGGAGGUACUGCUAUCUUACCGUGCCAGAUUACCUGGCAGAGGACAACCAGAGAAAAACCUCAUAAUGACAAUUUUAUCACUGUCCAACCAAGGGAAGGACCACGAUUUGUCAAUGGACAGGAUGAUCGAUUUAAAUAUAUCGGGAAUUUUAACAACAAAAAUGGAACCCUCCAGUUAUCCAGUGUUGCACUGAAGGAUGAAGGCAGAUACACGUGCAUCUUCACAUUGUUUCCAAGUGGAAAUCAGAAGACUGAGAUACCUCUUAUAGUGAUUGUGCCUCCUUUCACACACAUCAAGGACAACCUUCCGACUUUGGGCACAGAAGAGGUUUUAUUUGCUACCUGCACGGCUGCUGGAUCGAAGCCUCCUGCUGAGGUGAGGUGGCUCACUGGUGCUUUGGGAGACAAAGUGAGGACGACAACAAACUCCACCAAGUAUGACAACGGUACGACUACCACAGUCAGCUCUCUGUUUGGUGUACCUAUGAGAGAGAUUAAUGGUCACCAGGUCCAGUGUGUCAUCAGCGGUGACUCCCUGUCUAAAGAAGAAACCCUGCCCUUCACCAUACAGGUCUACUGUGAGUAUCAGCUGUUAAUGUAUUUUAUUAUUUGUCUUCUUUUGUCAUUUAAGAAUUUUAAUAGUUUAAUCAACUAAUUAGAAAAGAACGCAGACACACCCAGGAUCAAACUCUGUUUUAUACAAAAACAGGCAUAAAUCCUCAAAAAGUUCUCAUGUUUCCAUCUUUGUUCAGGAGAAGUCUUUUUUUUCCUCUGUUUGAGAUGCUGUCAUGACUUUGCCUCUGUGUUAGGUCUCUCAAUAUUAGGUUGUCACAGUAGACAGAGAGAAUUCCCGAAAGACCUGGAAGACUUAAUGACAACCUUUAGACUGAUAUAAAGGACAUUGUUACACCAUUAUUGCAAAAGACUAAAUGAUGUAACCAUGUGAACCGAAACCAACAAAUUCAGUAAAGUCAUACCACAGUAGACAUUUGAGUCCAGACACAAGUCUGUUUUUUAAUUUACUGGCAGUAGUCCAAUACUGGAAUAUUUGUGGGUAAUGUGGUUUUAUACAUGUAUUCUUAAAGUAAAAUUAACUGAGGCUGUUUUGAAAAUGAAGCAUUGUGUGCUCUUUUUUAGUGAUGUUAUAUAACUGUGGUGUUCUGUUUCUGGUGGAAUUCCCCAAAAGAAACCUAAUAUGUUGUUUUUAGUCCAAGGUGAUUGUAAGUGAGCCGGGGACACUUUUGAAUGUGUGUUAGAGGAUUACUCCUAGAAACUGAAUGAAAACCAAGAUUUAUGGUUUUGCCUUACAUAACAGGCGAUUUAGCUGAUGUGCAGCAUAUUAGAGCAGUCAGUCAUUCCGAUGAUGUUUUUUGAUAGGGGAAGAAAUUUGGAUGAAACAAUUGCUGUUGAGUCCAGACACCAGUGUUUCUUCACUGAAUGGCAGUAGUACAAU